CGAGAAAAAUAAAUAAAGAAGCAUAAGAAGAAAGCGUUUCACUUAACAGAAACAGUUAGCGUGCUUGCAACGACUUUUAUGACGAUUAGGAGCGAUUAUACGAUUAUAAACCAGUGGAUUAGGUGGGCGCAGUUGUUAUUCUUGCCUUUAUGAUAAACGGUAUUCUAUCUUUGAUAAGAAGCUCUAUGGUAAGAUGCGCAUAGUAAAGGUGUAAGAAGCUCUUUGAUAAGUAGCUCUAUGGAUAAUUCUUGCCUAUGUAGGAAUAUUAAAUUUUAUAUUGUUAUGAAGUAAGCUAUUUGAUUGAAUCUGUGGACUAUCUCUUGUUUCGCCGGCCCGUUUCACUAAUUUCCAAUGGCAAGCUAUCUCUUUUUCUUUUAUUUCUAUGUUACAACGUAAUGCCAAUCUGUGCUAUUUGAUUGAAUCUGUGUACUAUUUUGAGCAAAAUCCUGUUGCAUUCCCUAUUUUAUGUGUUUGAGCUGAGCUGUAUUGAAUCUGAUAUUUGAAAGGACGUAUCUCGGCCAGAUUAUAUGUUUUCAUGAGGUUUUCCGAUCAUGUUUUAAGGGAUCGUUGUAGAAUUAAUAUAAUUAUUCUAUGAAAAUGACAAUUCGCAUUCUGUUCAUAUUAACAAAACAGUUGCUAUGUAUUUUGUAGUUGGUGUUGAUUGCGAUAAAGGUGAUUUGCCACUAACUCUUUAUGAUUCUCAACGAAACCGAUUCAGUAAAAAUUUAUCCUGUAUCUUGUUCAUCGAUUGUUCUAUCUGACACGAUGCAUUGCCAUGUACAGGCCAAGAGAACCAAGAAGGUUGGGAUUGUCGGGAAAUACGGCAGCCGAUAUGGUGCUAGUUUGAGGAAGCAGAUAAAGAAGAUGGACGUUAGCCAGCACAGCAAGUACUUUUGCGAGUUCUGUGGAAAGUAUGCAGUGAAGAGACAGGCUGUUGGCAUCUGGGGAUGCAAGGAUUGUGGCAAAGUGAAAGCAGGCGGUGCUUACACCAUGAACACUGCCAGUGCUGUGACUGUGAGGAGCACCAUCAGAAGGCUGAGGGAGGCAACUGAGAGUUAAAUUUAGUUGAAGUUUGUGUAUUUGCCAUAUUUCCCACCUUUUUGAGUUAUAAAUUUCAAUUGAUGUAGUCGCUAGACUUUGGAGACUUGGUGAGCUUUGUUGGCCACCUAUAUAUGUACUCCAAUUCUAUAUUCCUUUUUGGCUAAAAUUCUUUUAAAUUUUGCAGUCAUUUUCAGAAUCUGUGUAUACUUUAAAUUUUGCAUACUGUUAAGUACUAUUUCAUUAUAUGAGAUUGUUGCGUGUGAUGAUUGUACCAA